GGGGAGGUGCGCAUUCUGUGCCAAGUGGUUUCUGUUUCCGUGCUACGUUUGAAGCGGGUAAUUAAUUUCCGAGAUCCGAAUUAUAUGGUGGGCGCUUGCUCAAGCAAUUUAACUUUGAUUAAACUAUACAGUGGCGCGCAGUUUUUAAACGAGAGGCGAAGACGAUCCCUCCGAGCAGUCGUCCGGCGCUGCCCUGGUGAAGUGUCGAUGUGCUCAGCGUUUCAUCGGUUUUUCGCACGGCUAUGACAAUAACUUGGGAGAGCAGAGUGAUCAACUAUGAGGCAGAGCGCAGGGAACGCCGAGGUAUUCUCGAGGAAGUUUCGGACCACCCACUGAGGUCCAAUGUCAUCACGGAGCAGCGGCGGCCGACUCCGGCGGAACGGUUGCGUCCGUCCACCACGUCAUGGGGCGGUCCCGACCCACUGUCCAUCAGUGAUGGUGUCGACCCCUUGUCUGCCAUGGCCAGCGAGCAGCCGGAUCUGGACGUGCCGAGUUCCUCUGCCACCGAGGAGGGCCAUAGGCAGGUGGUCUCGCCACGUUUCGAGCCCUGGGAGAACAAGAAGGCCGCCAUACUGGCCAAGUACUCAACUGCCGAGAAGCUUUCCAUCGCUACAAGCUUCCUCUCGGGUGGUGAGAAAGUGGUGGUGAAGACGCAGAGUUCCGUCACGGACAAGGUCAAGAACCGGCUCGAGCAGUUGGAUGACUUCGAAGAGGGUUCGGUGCGGGAGAUGUUGAACCUGUCACAACAGGAGUACACCACACGCAUCGAGGAGCUGCAUCAGGCCCUACGCCAAGCGUGGGACCAGGACCAGCGUGUCCGCGCACUGAAGAUAGCCAUUCAGUGCUCAAAACUUCUGGUGGACACGUCGGUGGUGCAGUUCUACCCGAGCAAGUUUGUCUUGAUCACCGACAUCCUGGACAACUUUGGCCAGUUGGUGUACCAGCGGAUCCACUCCAAGGCUGAGUACCUCAAGCCUGGAAGCAAGGCGCCCGUCCCACUGCCUGCGGACUUCACACCGGACCAGGUGCCCGAGUCGGCGAAGGAGACCUGCCGCAACUGGUUUUUCAAGAUAGCCUCGGUGCGGGAGCUCAUCCCUCGCUUCUAUGUUGAGACGGCCAUCCUUCGCUGCUGCAGCUUCCUCACCCGCAGGGAAUACUCAGGGGUGCUGCUUCGGCUGACGGGCACAAUCUGUGGCAUUGGUGAUCCCUUGGUAGCCGCUUACGCGCGGUGCUAUCUCUGCAGGGUUGGCAUGUCUGUCGCCCCAGAGGUCCACGAGCACGUCCUCGAGAAUUUCUGGCAGUUCCUUCUCACAUAUCCUCAGCUGGAGCGCCCAGUGGUGCAGCAGCUGCUGAGGCAGCAGAAGCUGGACCUCUCCACCUACCUGACCCUGUACUGCCCAGCGCUGGACUGGAUCCUGCAGUGCGUUGCCCACGGGGCCUCCGAGGACCUGCUGGACCAGGUGCUGGCACGCUGCAAGGCGCAGUGCAACAGUGCCCUGCUGCUCAACUCCAUCAUGACCGCCUUCCGGCCCGAGUUUGUGGCCAAUCGGGCCCUCGAGUUCGUCAGCCUCAUGAGGGACUGCGACGAUGCCUCGUUCCCCAAGCAUGUGCUGCUGCGCACGCUGGGGCUGUGCCUAGUGUUGGCCGACCCACCCGAGGACCAGCGCGUACAAGUGCUCAACCAGGCAUGGAAGGCCAUCGCCAAGCUGCGCAGCCCUGCCGACUAUCUGAGCUGCGUCGAGGUGUGGAUCGAGUUCCCCUGCAAGCACUUCACGGUGCGCGAGGUGGACAUCCUGCUGGGUGCCCUGGUGCGUCACCUGGUGCCCGACCGAGCGUACGAGCAGCACCCUCAGCAGCUGGCACGGAUCGUUGAGCGGCUGCUGCAGCAUGUCACCGACUUCGGCCGGCUCUGCGCCAUGGAGCACUUCCUGCCCCUGCUGGACCUGCUGCCUCGCGAAGGAGACGCCCGGGUCCGGGGUUGCAAGGCCGUCAUGGCCGCCUUUCUCACCCAGCAGCGGGAGCCCACCCGCGACCCCGUGGUGCUGCACGCGCUGAUGCACGUCGGGCAAGCCCUGCACGCCUCUCUCAACGCGCUCGCCCUGGAGGACGAGCGUCGUCACAUCGGACAGCUGCUGUGCGGCUUCCUGCAGCGGGUCGGCUUCGGGCGCGACUUCGAGCAGCAGCUGGCCUUCUACGUGGACGCCCGUGCCGCGUUCAGCGCGCUCGACCCCGUGCUCGUGCAACUGGUGCAGGAUGUGAACCUGCUGGCUAUGCGCACUCGUCAGGUGGUCAAGGGCCAUCACACCCGCAAGACAGCUGCCUUUGUUCGGGCGUGUGCAGCCUACUGCUUCAUCACGAUCCCGUCCCUGAGCAGCGUGCAGUCACGCCUGGAGCUCUACCUUCUCUCGGGACAGACGGCAUAUCUCAACCAGUGCCUCUCGCAAGGCGAUGCCUUCCUGCAAGCGGCCAUUGAGCUCCUUCCAGAGCUGCCGCCCUUCGUGGAGCCCGAAGGGGGUGGCAGUACGGCAGCACAGCGAACGAGCACCGAGCCAUUCCUGGUGUCAUACGCGAGCAGCCUGCUGUCGACGCUGCUGGUUGUGCCGGACCAUCCGGACCACGAGCCGGUGCGGCUGCUGCGGGGCCUGCUCCAGGUGCUGCACGAGCGGCCGGCCUCCACGUGGACCAGCUCGGGGGGCGACGGCCGGGCCCGCAUCUUCCUCAACGCGCUCAACCUGCUCGUGGCGCUGGGGCAGGAGCACUAUCUCUACCACUUGGAUAAAGUGGACUCCAACGAUGCACUGUACGGUGGUGACCCAAAGUUCCGGGCACAGUUGGAGCAGCUGUGCACCAGCGUGCUGGACCAGCUGCUCGCGCACCUGCGUGCGCUCGGGGAAUCCGGGCAUGUGGAGCGGCAAGCACGAUUGGCCCUGGAGCUCCUGCAGAGGCUGGUGAUGGGUGCGAACUUGGAGCGACGGCCUCUCUUCUCCCUGGCGGUCAGUCUGUGGGGCCUGGCCCACCGAAAUGCUGCCCUGGAUCACCGCGCCUCGGUGCGCUGUCUGGAGUUCGUCAAGAAGCGAGCCAGCAGGGCCGGAAACAAAGGUCCUUAUGCCGAGCUAGCCACCAAGCUACAGAUUCCUUCGCCAGUCUGAGGCCCACCUCGUCUCUGUGUCCUCCUCCUAGAGCCAGACCUGGUUGUACUCCCUCCACGGGCCUGGCAAGGCCAAAGCUAUGCCAGCUGCAUUCUCCUCACCCAACUUGAGCAAAAAAAGGCUUCGCAUGCACCAUAGACCCCUCAUUAUAAUACGUUUUGAAUACAGGAACGCAAAAAUAAUUAAUACUGAUAGAAAAUGUACGAUCCGAACGGGGCAUUGGCAACGUUCCGCACUUCGAGUGUAUGAACCGGAACUAGGUUCUGCUGUAGAAAGAUGAACUGGACUGCUGGGGCCACACCACUAGCCUUGGGUCGGGAGCUUAAAGAGCUUGGAAAAUAAAUGUGUACAGCAG